AUGUUUUCACUGGCAUCUGAAGAAGGCCACACCUCCUCUUGGCCACUAUUUAAAGCUCAGGCAGAAGAAGGAAGACUUGCUUGCUUUGGUGUUUGUCAAAAGCUGAGUCAUCAAACCUUCACAAUGGAGACUCAAAUGGUUUUUUCCCACUUGUCAAUCAAGCCCGGUGAAUGCAUCAAAGUGAAGGGGAAAGUGCCACCAGAGGCCAAGAGCUUUGCCCUCAACUUGUGCCACGAUGAUUCAGACACGAUCCUCCACUUCAAUCCUCGCUUUGAUAGUCACGGAGACGUCAACACCAUUGUGUGCAACUCAAAGACGAAUGGGCAGUGGGACUCGGAGCUGCGGGAGUCACUGUUCCCCUUCCAGCAGGGAGAAGACACCAAGAUCUGUUUGUCCUUUGAUUACGAGGCAGUGACUGUGAAGAUCAACGGAGACCAGGAAGUCAAGUUCCCUAAUCGGCUUGGGGCGAAUUCUGCAAAAAUAUUCUCGGUGGAGGGAGACAUUGCGAUCAAAAGUGUCAAGUUUGAGUGAAGUUCAGCCAUGUCUUAUUUUGUAUGUCUAUAGAAGGAAAAACAGAAAAUAAAAUGUGUUGCUUGA